AUGCUGUGUUAUACUGUCCACAUGUUAUAUUUACUGAAAGUGAUGGCCAAGAAAGUUGAGAAACCCAUAAGAGAUCACAUUAUUGGGAGAGAAGAGAUUCGAGCCACUUUGUUACAACAGUUGCGCGAAACUAAUAGGUGUCAUGAUAUUUUUCGAAUGGGCCCACAUGUCUUUCUAGAGUUAUAUGCAAAAUUAAUGGCAACCGGUCAUGUGAAAGAUACUAUACAUGUCACAGUUGAGGAGCAAGUAGCUAGAUUCUUAUACAUUAUAGCUCAUAAUGUUAAAAAUAGAACAAUUUCAUUUUUCUUCCACCGGUCUGGAGAGACAAUCAGUCAUAAUUUUCAUGCUGUUCUAAGAGCUAUAAUCUCACUUGAAAAAGAGUUUCUUCAGCAACCUUCCGGAACAACCAUUCCCUCAGAGAUUCUUCAUAGCAAUAGAUUUUAUCCAUAUUUUAAGGACUGUAUUGGAGCCAUUGAUGGAACACAUGUUAGAGUCAAGGUUCCAAUAGUUGAUCAACCUAGAUUUCGUGGUAGAAAAGAAUGGCCAACUCAGAAUGUACUUGCUGCGUGUGGCUUUGAUAUGAGAUUCACAUAUGCUUUAGCAAGAUGGAAAGGCACCGCAUUUGACUCUAAAGUUCUUAAAAGUGCACUAUCAAGGAAUGAUAGGUUCAAAAUUUCAAGAGGAAAAUUUUAUCUUGGGGAUGCUGGAUUCAUGCCUAAACAUGCUCUAAUAACUCCAUAUCGACGCGUAAGAUACCAUUUAAAGGAGUUUACUGGACGUGAACUUGAAAAUGCAUAUGAAUUAUUUAACCUCCGUCAUUCUUUGUUACGAAAUGUGAUCGAACGAUCCUUUGGAGUUUUGAAAAAAAGAUUUACAAUUAUAGCAGGUGGUACAGAAUCAUAUUGUGAUGUAGAGGUUAUGGUUGACAUUGUCCUAGCAUGCAUUAUACUCCACAACUUUUUGAUGGGUGUAGAUCCUGACUAA